AUGACCCAAAAUUCGACUUUGAAUUUGAAAAGCUCUUUGCCAACGAUGAAUGGUAUUUACAGUGGUGGCAGUCCAGUCGUAUCACAGGGAAGACCUGGCAGACCUUGUGCUAACUGUACAUGCUCGCCAGGUCUUCUGUCGCGCCAAAAUAGAAAGUCGUCAAUGCUUUUGAGACAGCUGGGAGGUUCGCGCAAAAGACCCUCUAUGCGAUCGACUGGCUCAAGCAGAGAUUCAAUCUAUUCGUCAGAUACCAUAUGUCAAUCCAAAUAUGUCAACACUUCAGAACGCCUACUGCAUCUGAGAAGGAAAAUGGUAGAAAACGAUUUGUGUUGCUACAUCGUCCCGAGUGAGGAUGAACACCAAAGCGAAUAUGUGUCGCUUGCAGACCAGAGAAGGUCGUUCAUUUCCGGGUUUACUGGCUCCGCUGGGGUGGCCUGCAUUUCCCGGGAUCUCCUCAACUUCAACGACAACGACCCAGAGGGACAAUCUAUUCUCAGCACUGAUGGUCGGUAUUUCAAUCAAGCUUCACAAGAACUUGACUUUAACUGGUCUCUUCUCAGACAGGGCGAAGAUACGUUGACAUGGCCAGAGUGGUGUGUCCGCUUAGCCAUAGACAUGUCUGAAGCGCUUGGAGGGAAGGAGGCCAAGAUCGGUAUCGACCCAAAAGUAAUCAGCUACGACCAGGUGGUGAAAAUUCAGAAAUUGAUACGAGACAAGACUCAGGACACCAAGGCCACCGUGAGUUUGGUGCCAGUUCAAAAGAAUUUAGUGGAUGAGAUUUGGGGCUAUUUUGAACCCGUUCCUGUUAGAGACUCCAAUGACUUACUGUUGGUGAACUCAAAUUACACAAACGAGACUUUCCAGGACAAAAAACAACGGGUCUUGAACUACUUGCAUGAGAAGACACCAAACUGCAAGACGUUUUGUGUCGCUACCUUGGAUGAAAUUUGUUGGCUUCUCAACUUGAGAGGUUCCGAUAUUCAGUAUAACCCUGUUUUUUACUCGUACCUGCUGCUUCGCGGUGACGAAACCAUUCUCUUCACGGAUGAUCCCUACGACGAUAAAAUAAAGGAAUACUUUGAGACAAAUCUUAUCAAGGUGGAACCUUAUGGCCAGAUAUGGUCGCAUUUGUCAUCGCUGGCAACAGCAUACUCCAAGACUAGAGAUCCAAUUGCCAUAUCUUCUGGAUCGUCUUGGGAAAUUGUGCGCACCCUAGGUGACACUCAUUAUAGACAGAUUCAGUCACCUUUGGAGCUUUUCAAAGCUGUAAAAAACGACGUGGAGAUUUCCAACGCACAUGCCGCUCAAGUGAAGGAUGCGGUUUGUUUAGUCCAAUUUUUUGCAUGGCUAGAAAAUCAAUUGAUUGCUAAAGAGGCCCUGAUCGAUGAGUACCGGGCCGCUACCAAGCUUUUAGAGAUUAGGAAAACUCAAAGAAAUUUCAUGGGCAAUUCAUUCGAGACUAUUUCUUCGACCGGCGCCAACGCCGCCAUAAUACACUAUGCGCCCCCAGAGGAAAACUCUGCAAUGAUCGACCCCAGCCGCAUCUACUUGUGUGACAGUGGGUCCCAGUUUAUAGAGGGCACCACUGACAUCACCAGGACCCUUCACUUUACUACACCCUCAGCAGAGGAGAUAGAAAAGUACACAUUGGUACUCAAGGGUAAUUUAGCGCUUGAAAGACUAACGUUCCCUGAGGGUACGUCCGGUUUCAACAUCGACGUCAUAGCAAGACAGUUUCUGUGGCAACAGGGCCUAGACUACAGGCACGGAACAGGACAUGGUGUUGGAUCCUUCUUGAACGUUCACGAGGGUCCCAUCGGCAUCGGCUUCAGGCCAAAUUUGCAAAGUUUCCCGCUUGAAUCCGGCAACAUCAUAACCAAUGAGCCCGGCUUUUACAAAGACGGUGAGUAUGGUAUUCGCAUAGAAAACGACAUGUUGGUGGAAAAAGCUGAAGGCCUUAAAUUCGGCGAGCGUCAAUUCUUAAAAUUCAAGAACCUUACACUGGUGCCUUACUGCAGGAAGCUCAUCAACGAAAAGAUGUUGACCCCGGAGGAAAAGGCUCAGAUCAACGCAUAUCACAACCUAAUCUGGCACAGCAUUGUCCCUUUCACUCAACCUCAGAGCAUAACAUACAGAUGGCUCAAGCGUGAAACCGCACAGUUGUGA